AUGGCCGUUCGAGUUCAGCCAGUAGGCCUAUUAUUUCAAAAGAAAGAUGUCGAAAUUCAUUGGUCUUGGUCAGAAGGUGUGGUAUUUCAGUGUCAACCUGCCAAAACGAGCUUGGCAUUGUUCAAUUGGCUGUUGAUAGAAUCUUUAUUCUCAUCGAGCAGUAUCCUGAACUUACUUAGAUGUUCUUACAUUGAAAUCUACAACAAAACCAUUUCUGAUCUACUCUCUUCAAAUCCACAAAAGCUAAAAGUACAAAAACUGGCAGAAGGUCAUGUUGUGGUCCACAAUUUGAUUGAGACUAAUGUGAACACCCCUGAUGCUGUUCUCAAGCUAAUGCAACAGGGUAACAAACAGCGAAAAGUAGGAGGAACAAGUAUGAAUGAAAGAAGUUCUAGAUCAACUAUCUUCAGAAUAAUUGUGGAAAGUUUACCUCGUGAUGAAGCUGAUCGCUCUGAUGCUGCUGUCAUAGUAUCACAUAUCAACUUGGUUGAUCUUGCUGGUUCUGAAAAAGCUUCCCAGACCAACGCCACUGGUGAUCGCUUUUGAGAAGCCUGUGCUAUCAAUACAAGUCUGUCUGCCUUGAGUUUGGUAAUCAAGCAGCUAAGUGAAGGCGAAGGGUUUGUUAACUUUCGUGAUAGCAAGCUAAUCUAUA